AUGACAGCUGUGACAGAGAAGUCCAAGAUGGUCGUCGUUGCGACGACCGAGAAGAACCCCGCCGACGAUGAAGUCAGUCAAAUAUGGCUCGAAGUACAGAACAUGGUCAUCCGCAUGGCAGGAGGAGACCCAUCCAAGAUCGACAAGCAGCUUGAUAUUGAUGGAGUUAUGCGGUACUUGGAACAGACUCAGGCAGCAGAUCAGAAAGCGGCCGACAAACACGGUACCGUCAAGAAAGCAUUCAACAGGACUUUGAAUUGCAUCUCCAAAGUUGGAGGUAUCAUUGCUGAUGGCGCUUCAUAUGCCUUCGCACCGGCAAACACCUGUUUCAAUGCUCUCACGUUUGUGAUUGGGGCAUGGCAGUCAUACUCGGCGGUUUUCGAGAGCCUCGCGGAACUGCUUGAGAAGUGUGCCCAGUUUCUUGAGCGUCUGCCAUACUAUGAUCGCAUGGAUGCGUCUCUGAGAAAGGUGGCCUGCUGUCAACUCAAACUGUUCAUCGACGUUUGCGAUCGCACUCUUCAGCUUAAGCCGAAGAGACGCAAGAUCGAGAUGUUCUUCCGCCAACUUUUCUUAGACGACGACUUCAUCAAGGACCUACUAGGCCAGAUGGAAAACUUGACCGCCAGGGAGCAUAGACUCGUUUCUGCUCAGUCACUCAAGGCUGGUCAAGACGCUGCCAAAGCCUCAAAAGAGAGUGUAACCAAACUUGACACUCUCAUUGAGAGCAGUAUGGCGCAGAAGCAAGACAAGUUGGAUCAGCAUUUCAAUAGCAAGGUCCAAGAAGUUUUCUUCGGCAAAAACGCUAAAGACUUCGACACAUGGGACGCCGCGUUGCGGAAGAACAAGAGCUUGCUAAUCAACGGCACCGGGGAAUGGCUGGACGAGGAUGCCCUGUUCACCUCGUGGAUGAUGGGCAGCAGCGAAGCGAGUCCGAUUCUCGGGAUUGAGGGCGGUGAAGGCUCUGGUAAAACGCUCCUGGCAACUCAUAUCAUAAGUCGACUGCAGAAACACAGGCUGUCGAACAACUCGAAGACCAGAUCGGCGGUUGCAUACUACUUUCUCGAGGAAGAUUCUAAGGACAACUCCAAGGCCACAUUCAAGAAAAAGCGUGUCGCCGAAGUGGUGUCCAAAAGUCUUCUGUGGCAGUUGGCUCAGAUGGAGCUUCCGUACCUCAAGUCUAUCGCUGGCAUCUGCGACAAGGUUAACACCGAGGAUCCAUCGGAUAUCUGGAACCAACUAUUGCUGGAGAACGAAGACCGCUCCGGCAUUGAGAGCACGUUCUUCAUCGUUAUGGACGGACUCGGCGACAAUAUCAAUGGGCUCGCUGGUCUUUUGCAGAGAAUUUCAGCAGACACACCUCGUCUGCGCACACGUGUGAUUAUAACGGGGAACCAGCAUACGUUUGACAUGCUCGAGGAAGCGGGAGACAUGAGGAUCACCAGAAUGAAACUCGGCAUGCGGAACUCCAUUGACAUUGAGCUAUACAUCAUAGCCAGAAUGGACGCAAUGGAAAAUCUGAAAGACGUCAGCCGAGCUGGAGUUGCCGAGAUUAGAACAAUGAUACUAGGAAGGCUCACAUUUGCGACCUCCGGCGACUACUACAUUACUAAUUCUACUCUGAGCGCCAUCGAGGGCGUCGACUCUUUGUCCGAGAUUGAACAAUGCUUAGACCAAGUCGGCAGCGCUAGGCCGAAGCAGAUUCUUGCAGACAUCAAGAAACUCAAUCUGACACUCAAGCCGGCCGAAAUUGAUGAGGUCAACGAAGUCAUUCUAUGGACCAAGUGGGCAAUAAGAUGGAUGUCGCCACUUCAAUUAGAAGCUGCCAUAAGGCUGAACACAAAUUUGGAGUCAUCCAGCCAGGCUUCUCUUCGAUCUCUGGAAUCCAAGAUCCGGGAGAAGUACCCCCUGCUCUUCCGAAUUGACGAAAGCCGGAACAUCCACUUUAGUGCGGAAGAGAUGAGAGAGAUUAUACCCAUGAAGAGCUAUCGACCGAACACCACAGACCAUGGGAGCGAUGAGCAGAUUUCACCGGCGGAAAUUAAAAUCGUCAAACAUUACCUCUCAACGGUCUGCCCAGCAGAUGUCUACGACAAAUUCGGCUUCGAAGACUUUUUCGCGCAAAAGUUGGAACGCAAGACCAAGUAUAUUUGCCAAGAUGACGACAAUGCUAACAUCGUCCUAUCCAUAAGGUGCAUGCGUAGUAUCUUGGAUGAGGAGAUCAACAAGACACCUGGCGCGAUCAAGUUUCUUUUUUACGCAGUAGAGUACCUUUUCUGGCACCUGGACAACACAGACCUCUCUCGAGCUGAUCGCGAUCUCAAAGCACAAGCGGGAGAGCUUUUGGCUCGUGUCUUCGCAGAGGAAUCUGCAAUCAAAGCCCUCAUUUCAAGAGACUACGGCCCUGAAAAUGACGCCGCGUACGUGAUAGACAUUGACUUCAUGCCUUUCAACUGGAAGAGCUGGGUUUUCACAAACAAUGGCGCGGAUCUUAUUAACAGAUGGUCCAACGACUCAAUGGUGACGUCGAAGCUUCCCGAACAACAAGACGGCCCGAAGUCACUUGCCAAAUUUCAUGGCAUCAAUGGGCCUAGCUGGUAUGAGACGGCCGCUAGAAUUACUGUCAAGGAGUUUCUCAACGACAAAAAUUACGGAAAUGCCAUGGCAGAUGCGUUUUCACUUCUUUUCGGGCUGAUCAAGCGGUUGGAGCAAAAUGAGCUUCAUCCCGCAGCUACCACAAGAGACGAAAUUGAUGACGAAGAAUUUUGGAGACCAACUAUGGCCACAGUCGAAGUGGUCGAGACAUGGGCAAAGAAGCAGCUCGGCAUCAAAGAAGACGACGCCCACUGGGAGGCUCAAAUGGCGAGAUUACUCUGGUAUCUGGAGCGACCAGAGAAUGGCAUCACAAAGGAAGACUGCGAGAAGAGGGCACGCAGAGCGGUCGAACUCAGCCCUGACGAUUGGUUUGCUUCUUACAAUCUGACCCGAUCAUUAGAAGAAGAUCGCGAUGCCGAGGCAAUUGCGAUUCUUGAGCCCAUUGUUGAGAAACUAUCGAAAGGUGCGUAUGGCACACUCGAUGAGCAAGAGGACGAGUCGUUUGGAUCAGUACUUGAAUCACUGGGCCAUCGCUACUGGCUCCUACCCGACAAAUCCGGCACAAAAAAGGCAUUCGAUCUCUAUAUCCAGUCCCUGGACCAUUCUCAGGCUGGGGGCUGGACCCACCACAACAUCAUUGCUGAAAAGCUUGGUCGACACAGAGAAUGGAGCUUAAUCAUCAAGUAUCUCGAAAAACUCCACUCGUUUGACGUGGCUGGCAUGAACUUGGCCAGUAGAGUCCUCUACGAAGGAACAAUCGACAAAACCCGGGAGUUUUGGUACGCGAUAUGGAAUGCAUGCUACCGCACUAACCGCUGGGACUUGCUCGCAGAGAUUUGGAGGGGUAUCAAUAAAAAGUCUAGCGACCAGGAACGAGACCCAUACUGGAUCUACUGCACAAACAUGUGGUAUGCCAUCGGCUUGAUUCGUCGACCUGGACAUGAGGAUGAAGGCAUGAUGAUGUUGGAAGGUAUCUUCAGGGAGAACUCUAUGAAUGAACAAGUCUCAUUCCUGCAAUUCGACCUUGCUUCCAAUCUUCUGGUCACCUACAAUAACAGGGCUUUCGCCGAAAGUGCCUCUGCCGAUACCAGAAACAUCUACGUCACCAAGACAGAGAGCUUGCUGAAGGGCUUUGAUGACAGCUGUGCGAUACCUGAUCACUGCCUGCUUCAAUUAGCCCGAUUCUUCACCCAAAAUGAAGAGCGAGACCGCGCCAGGGACUUUGCUGCGAGCUUCACAGCUCAGAGGCUCGAAAUGUUGUCCGACGAAGACGUCAGCAAUGAUUAUGAUUCGUUCCGCGAUCUAGCUCUCUUGUUCAUCGCAUUCAAUGAUGAGGCCAGCAUAGUGGCAUGCUGGGAGAUGAUGGCUGUGUCAAGACUAGCUGAGCAAGAAGAGUAUGAGCGCAAGAUGGAAGAAUGGCGCAAGCAAGAGGAGCGACAGUGUCGUCUUGAGGAUGCAGCCGCUGCGGAGAGAGAUGCCAGCAAGAAGACCGAAGCGCAGACGACCGACCAGACGAUCGAAAGUCCGAAAGAAGAGAGCCCGAAAGAACAGAGCCCGAAAGAACAGAGCCCGAAACACAGCACGGAAGAGACGGCAGGGGAGGGAGAAGUGAAAGACAUCAACGAAGGAACAGCAAAGGGGCCUUUGGAGGAAUUGAAGGAGGCCGAAACUAAGCCAUGGCUCGAUUUGCCGGAGCUUCCCGAGAACUCGAUCUUCAUCUGCUCAGAGCAAUGCGGGUUCAAGACCAAUAUUCCAACCGGGAUCUGGUUCUGCACAACUUGCAUCAUUGGCCCUGGCCUUUGCGAUUCAUGUUACGCCGACAUCGAGACCAACGGGGUCAAGGGCAUUACAUGCGGCAAAGACCACAAGUUUUUCCAGAUGCCUCCGUGCAGUGAAGCCUCAAUCGAAGAGAUCCCGGUUGGUCACAUCAGGGUCGACGGCGAGCUUGUCGCAUUGGAAGCGUGGAAAGAAAUAGUGAGUGCCAAGUACGGGCCCUCUGUGGAAGACGUAGUCGAGACAGGUGAGAAGAAGGAAGGGUUUUAG